UAUCCUCACCCUGUGUGUGCACAUUGGCUGCCACCGCUGCCCGUCACUCAGCUCAGGUUUAGGGAUAUGCUAUCAGAGCAGAUUAUGAAGCAGACCUCAUCUCUGGCAGUCUCCUCUGAUUGUCUCAAUGGCUAAACACAGUGUUUUUCUCAUUUUUGCACUGCUACCUUUUGUUUUUAUGCAACUCUCCUUGCCCUUUGAUCAAGUGCCUGCAAUCCUGGACAAGAGUUCAGAGGUCCCCCAGUAUCAAGCUAUCAGAAUCAGAACAGAUGGAGUGGGUGUAGAGAAUCCAAGUGCCUCACACGAGGGCAGUUAUUUGCCUGCAGCUGAGAAUCCGCUCAGAAGAAUACUGCAGCCUUAUGGAUGGCAUCUGCAUGCUCAACCCAGAACUAAGCGGAAGUUACUGCAGUCAACCAGUUCUGGGCCGUACUCUCCGCUGACCGUAGCCUACAAUGGCAAGAUAUGCAUUCUGUUCAAAGCCAAACGUCUGGCCAUUCGCUACAGAAACCACACUUUCCUGGAUUUGACUGAGAGAGUGUUUGGGCCCAACGCCUCAGUAGAGACGAAAGGUUCUGUCUGCUCCAAAGAGAAAGCAACAUUAUCCCUGCACCUUGGAGACGUGGAGGACAUAAGAGGACUUGUCAUCAAACUUCACAUGUCCAACACAUUUUACGAGUCGGCAGGCCAGAACUGGUUCACUCUGGACAGUGUUCACAUCCACUACAACUGGACGCACGAGGCUGUUUUCAACGCCACUGAGGUUUACGCCCCUGCUACCUAUUCUUACCACUGCCAGCACGUCAGCAGCUUACAGAAAUAUGACACCUUACUGGUGCCCAGCUCUUACACUGACAGCUCGGCAAACUGGCACAUCACUUUCACAGACUUCCAGAUCCAGGCCUUCAAUGUUCAGUCCAACAAGUUUGCCUCAGCCAGUGACUGCGCCACUUUUUUCACCCCUGCCAUUCUGAUGGGCCUAAUCACCUCCUUGAUCCUGCUCCUAGUCCUGGCCUACGCACUGCACAUGGUGGUGCACCUAAAGCACAUCGACCGCUACGAAGAGCACAAAGCCACAGUCUACUUCCCUCGCAGCCCUGAGUCAGAACAUCCAGACAAAAACAGCCUCUGAAGGACAGCUCCCUCCCCUCCAGAAUUGCACUUUACAGGUUGCCCAUAGUGUUGCAGUGUGUGGCCCCGGAGGGCAGCAGUGUCUUUUAAAUCUCUGUUUCCAUCAGCCACCAGGCCCCCUGAUUCAACAAAUCAUGCUGUCAUGCUGUCUGUUCUGUUAGGUGUUUAAUCUCAGACUAAUCACAAGGACUCUGCUGCCUUCCUGGGUCACAGGCAAGACGUACGCCAUGCCGGGAGGGGGAAAAAUGUGCAAAAUGGCCUUUCAACGGACUAGCACUUUGACAUUAAAAGCACGACGAUUUCUGGAAAAGCGUAUUUUACAAUAAGAAAAGGGAGAAGAAGAAGAAGAAGAAGAAGAAGAAGAAGAAGAAGAAGAAGAAAAAACUGUCAGUGACAAUUACUGUGACCUGGCAAGAUGUUGGACAAAUAAUGGACAUGGACUGCCAGUCAACAAAGAUAACUGUGAUUAGAAUGGAUAGAGAUUCUUUUGUAUCUCACAGUCACAAUAUCAUUCAUAAGUCAAGUCCUUGGGCCAUGGGUCUUGCUGAUCUGCCAAUUAAAAAAAAAUUAAAAAUACUGUGUUUCGACUGCCAAAGUGGAGUUUGUCAGAAAUGACAAACUACUGAGAGUACAUGAAAGUACAACACUGUAAAAACAUAUGUGUACAGUAUUUGCCUAGUGUGAUGAGGUCUUUUUUAUAUAAUCCAAAUCCAUACAUAGGUUACAUGGAAAUAAUCUCAACAUAUCCUCCAGAAAAUACCGUACACAUAGAAAAGUCUAGCUUGAGAUCCAUGCAUAACUCUAAAUAUACAAUCCAGAAAUAUGUAUUGAACCAUUUUUGCAAUGGGUAAUUGUGAAAAUGACAACUAUACUGUAUGACAUUUGUUUUGUAAUCAGUAUUAUCACAUUGUGUCAGUCUAGUAGUUUUCUGUUUUUUAACUUGGACUAUGGAUGAUUCAUUUUCUUUACGUCACACAAAAUAAAUUAUUAUGUCUUGUAGUACUAUCUAGUAAAGGAGCAUUUACAAUGAAACCAAUCUAACUGUAAAGAGCUCAUUUGAGGAAUGUUGUUCAGUAAUACACAGAGGUCAAUACCUUUAUUAUCAUACUCAAAAACACCGUAUAGCUGCAGUGAUAACAUCAGCAACAUCUUAUUACACUAUACCACAGCAUGGCAAUAACUAGAAAUAAAAGUUGUAAAAUGGCAGUUCUGAUACUCAUGGUAGAGAUAAUGUGUACAUUUGGUCAUGAUGGAAUCAACUUAAAGCACUUGUGGAAGUUUCCUGAGGACCAAUUAAUGUAGUUUGAACAAUAAAUUGUGAUCACAUAAA